GCCCGGGCUAUGGGGGAGCCGGGGGACCGGGCUCGGCACAGCCCCGCCGCCCGCGGCCUCCUCCUCCUCAACGGCUUCGGCCCGGACCCGACGCGGACCCCCGACCCGGAGGCCCCGGCCAAGAGGAGCCGGCUGCGGCGGAGGGCCGACUCGGGCCCGCGCACACGCCCACCGUUCCCGUGGUUUGGUAUGGACAUUGGCGGAACGCUGGUUAAAUUGGUCUACUUCGAGCCACGGGACAUUACGGCUGAGGAGGAACAGGAAGAAGUGGAGAACCUGAAGAGCAUCAGGAAGUACUUAACCUCCAACACGGCCUAUGGGAAAACCGGGAUCCGAGACGUCCACCUGGAGUUGAAGAACCUGACCAUGUGUGGCCGGAAGGGGAGUCUCCACUUCAUCCGCUUUCCCAGCUGUGCCAUGCACAGAUUUAUCCAGAUGGGGAGUGAGAAGAAUUUCUCCAGCUUGCACACGACGCUGUGUGCCACGGGAGGUGGGGCGUUCAAGUUCGAAGAAGACUUUCGCAUGAUCGCUGACCUGCAGCUCCAUAAACUGGAUGAACUAGACUGCCUCAUCCAAGGCCUGCUCUAUGUGGACUCUGUAGGCUUCAAUGGCAAACCCGAGUGUUACUACUUCGAAAAACCCACGGACCCCAACCUGUGUCUGAAAAAGCCGUACUGCCUUGAUAACCCGUACCCUAUGUUACUGGUCAACAUGGGCUCGGGAGUGAGCAUCCUAGCGGUCUAUUCCAAGGACAACUACAAAAGAGUGACAGGGACCAGUCUCGGAGGUGGAACAUUCCUGGGGCUGUGCUGUUUGCUGACAGGCUGCGAGACUUUUGAAGAAGCGCUAGAAAUGGCAGCUAAGGGAGACAGCACCAAUGUGGACAAGCUGGUGAAGGACAUCUACGGAGGAGAUUAUGAGCGGUUUGGCCUCCAAGGAUCAGCCGUAGCAUCAAGCUUUGGCCAUAUGAUGAGUAAAGAAAAGAGAGAUUCCAUCAGUAAGGAGGACCUGGCCAGAGCCACCCUCGUCACCAUCACGAACAACAUUGGCUCCAUUGCUCGCAUGUGUGCACUGAAUGAGAACAUUGACAGGGUGGUGUUUGUGGGGAAUUUUCUCCGAAUCAACAUGGUCUCCAUGAAGCUGCUAGCUUAUGCCAUGGAUUUCUGGUCCAAAGGACAACUAAAGGCACUAUUCUUGGAGCAUGAGGGUUAUUUUGGAGCUGUGGGGGCCCUUCUGGAAUUGUUCAAAAUGAACGACGAGAAGUGAAGGUGCCCACAACGGGAAACAACCCCCUGUGUAAGCUACUGCUCUGCUGCUGGAAACAGACUAUCCCCAAGACUGCCAAUGGAAACAAAGCCAUUUGGGCAGUGGCACCUGCUGGAUUUGUAAAUAAUUUAAAUCCUUUUAGUUGAUCUUUAAACUCAUGGGAUCUGAGCUUGAACUUCAAAAUUCAUAUGGGGAAUACAAGAGACCUUUUUCUGUAUAUUGUAUUUUUUAAAGAGAAAGAGUGCAACAUGGCCAAAUGUACUGAUUUUUCUGCAUUAAUUUUAAGAAGCUGAAUAAUGUUUGAAGAAGGACCUGAAAUGUGAGAGCUGUUUUCUUCUGGGGUUUACUGAUCAGUGUGGUAAUUUAAACUUCAUUUAGUAAUUACUCUAGGAGAUUUUAUCUUUACUUAUAUUUUUCAUGACGUUUCAUGAUUUGCUCUUGGUUUCAAAUGAAACUGCAAAGCUGGCAUGUUGACUGUGAAUGUUAUUUUUGGCCUUUGGGUUUUGUUUGUUUUGGGGUGGGUUUUUUUGGGUGGGGUGGUGUUGGUCUUGUUUUUGUGUUAGUAAAUGACCUCUACUAAAAGGGAAUGCCAACCCCAUCACCACUUAUUCUGGGAUUCCUCCACCCCCAACUAAAUGCCCUUUCUUUGGCUGUUAGUGUUGUCCAUGUUAGCCCAGACGAUGCCCAGUUUACUAAAGUCCCAACCCUAGGAGAAGCAUCUGCCCCGAGAAGACUGUUGAGUGUGUGAAUAAGGAAGAUCUCCGUCCUUUUGCAGUAUUAUAUUGGAUGGACUGAAUGUGGGGAGUUCAGAACUCAAAUGAAGCGUUCCUUAGUGCUAAUUCUCUCUGGCCUUCAGAGAGAAGGGCAAGGCCAUGGCUCAAAAGUUGUCAGUCCUACCUAUUCCAAUGGGAGUCACUGUUAUUGAGGCAUAAGUAAAUUAAGAUUGUGGACUAGGGUGCUGGGAAACGCUUAGCACGCUGUGUGUCUUUUUGAUGUGUGCACCCGGGAGCCUGUGGUGAAGUGUCUUGCAAAUAAAACAGUCAGGGUUAUUUAAGUUUUUGUAUUAAAAAUCAAACAAAAACACUCCUUCAAGUCCCAGUUUCUAACUUUGAAACAAAUUCUUGCUAAAUUGAUCUGGCUAAGGGGUGAUGAGUAUUUUGUAUAUUCUUGUAAAUGAACCCUAGCAUGAGCCCAAAUUCUGGAAAGAGGGGCAACAUUUAGAAGGAAAGGUAUUUGGAUUUUGGAGAAGCUAUACUGUUAUUCAAGAGUUUUUACCUAUUAUCAUCUGAACAGAUCAUUCAUUUUCGUACCUUCAGGUUUGGGGAGAAACUGAUAGUAGAUGAAAUGUUGAUUUGUCUGGUUGAAAUAAAGCCCGUUUCUGUUGUCA